GGAAAAAAAUUUUCCUUGCUUUCUUUUAAAAAUUCUUUUUCAAUUGUUGACAGACACUUGGUUUUUCGACCUUUUAUAAUUGUUAUAUGGUUUGUUUCAAUUUUCUUUCCUUUUCCCUCCUUUCUUUUAACCUAGUAAAUAAUUUUUAAGUUUUAUCCUACUAAAUGGCCAUUUGUUGUGUUGGUUGGUCAUCGUUGCUGUGGAAAUAAAUAAAAAUAUUUUUAGAAGAAAGGAAGGAAAAGAAUUAAUUCUUAAGCUUUUCCUUACCUUUUUAUAUUCUUUACCUCUCUAAAUUUAAAAAAAAAGAAUUAGCAGCCAGUCUGUUACUGAAAGAUUACAAAAGCUUUGGACCAGGCGAUUUUGUUGUUGUUUUUUACUUGUUCUCUUUUGUACUUUUUUUUAAUGUUUGUCCACAACAACGCCUCGUUCUCCUCUAAUUCUUUUCUUUCUUCGCACUUUUGCACAGAUUUAGCAACAAAAAAUGAUGGUACAAAAAAUGUUUUUUUUUGGAAAUUAUGAACAAAAAAUAAAUGCUUCCUAAAUGAAUAAUUAUCGAAAUGAUACACUUACUGGCAAAGACAGAUUGGUUAACCAUAAAUUUGGGAAUUGGAAUAAUAGAGAAGGAAUUAAUUUAUCUAAUUUAAAUGAAGUUUUUCCUGCAACUUCAAUUUCAAAAUUUCCUACAAAUGUUGAAGAAUUUAAAUAUUUUACACAACAACAAAAGCAGCAGCAUCAUCCACCAAAUAAUUCUUCUUCAUCAUCUUCCAUUUGUGUUCAUUCCCUUCCUCCUCAUCGUAAUCAUAAUUUUCUUUCAAUGA